AUCUUCUCCUACCCCUCCACCCUGUGGCCGCCCUGUGGACCAUCUGCUCUUGCAAGAAUGGCGGAUGUCGAUGUUGGCGUAAUCCACACCUACAGAAGAUUGAUCGACGAUCUCCUGGCACGCGCAGACCAAGCCAAACCCGACAAGCAGAUUGAACCUCCUUUGUCCGAGACACACCUGGGCGAUUCGAUCUGGCUCAUUGAUGGGGAAGACGAGUCGCUUGCAAGGGUAUCGGGCCAACAGACUCGGUUCGCUGCCGUCGAGAUCGCGUUUCGAGAGAAGUUUUACGGGCUUCUUGCUGCAACCUCAAUCGAAGACCCCUCAUUUAUCCAGAUCUGGAACCUCCUCGAUAUCAUCUCCAUCUUCUCCGACAAUGAACAGUGCGAGCCCGGCCUGAUAUUUUGGCUGAUCGAAGAAUUGCUCGACAGCCAGACCAUUGAUGGCUGUCGGAAGGUCUUUGACUACUUGGAAUCAAGAAGAGAACGGAACACCAAGAAACAUUUCAAGCAAAAAAGCUUGAUUAUCUUACGCUCCUGCAAUGAGCUGCUUCGAAGGCUGUCGAGGGCGGAGGACACCGUCUUCUGUGGACGCGUCUUCAUUUUCUUGUUCCAAAGCUUCCCUCUAGGAGACAAGAGCGCUGUCAACCUUCGGGGCGAAUACCACACCGAUAAUGUGACUACAUAUGAUGAAAUUGCCAAAGCUGCCGAGAAGGAGAACGACGACGCGGAUGUGGAGAUGUCGGAUGGCAUCGAACCCGCUACAGGGACCGAAGGCCCAAGAGAGGAAAGUGAAGCCCAAGCGCCAUCUGCGAGCGAUUCCCAUUCCAUCGCCCAAGAACCCCCGAAAACCCCGAGAGUUGUUAUCUCGAAAUCGAAGGACGAGCCUGAAGGAAAUGCUGUGAAUUUGGAUGAUCUCUAUUCCAUUUUUUGGGGCUUACAGGCAUAUUUUUCCGCCCCCACGAAAACAUUCGACCCUCAACAUUUCGCUACCUUCAAGACCGGACUCGAAGCUACCAUCUCGACAUUCAAGAGUGUGAAUACAGACCUCGAAAACUCGAGUACCACCAAAGCAUCGGAGGAAGCCCGGAAACCUACCAAGCGGAAGCGCACUACCGAUGGCCAGGAAAUCGCCAGCAGCUUUAACCCCAAGUACCUGACCAGUAGAGACUUGUUCGACCUCGAGGUCAACGACACAGCAUUUAGGAGACAUGUUCUUGUCCAGGCCCUCAUACUGUUGGACUUCAUGCUCUCACUUACGCCCAAGGCAAAGUCCAAACUCGCUGACCUGACCAACAAGUCCGUGCUUUACGGCUUCGUACUGAGUGAAGAAGAUGCCAAGUGGGCGAUUAAAAUGAGAAAGGCGAUCGAGGAAUAUCUCCAGGAAGGGCCCGGUGGUAAAUUUUACUAUCGUAUGGUGGACACUGUCCUUUCUAGGGAUAAGAACUGGGUGCGUUGGAAGGCAGAAGGCUGUCCGUUGAUUGAGAGGCCUCCGGUUUCAGUGUCCGAAUACCUCGGUGCUCGCGAGCAUGCGACCAAGGUUUAUGCCAACAAACGGCUUCGCAUCUCGCCUAUGGGGUCUCUCGAUUUAAAGUUUCUCUCGGAGGUGGAAUCUCUAGCCGGUCUUGAGCGACUUAAGGAGUCGGAAAGGUUUUCUGUCCCUGCUGCCGAUUCUCUCAUGAUGAGUAUCAUGGAUGAUGAGAUGGAUAUCGAGAUGGCCCAGAAGAAGGAGGAUAAGGAGUACGCGAUACGAUCCAAGGCGAGCAAGACGUGGCGCAUACUACGACUCUCUGCAAAAAGCAAGCUUGCGGCCUUUGAUAAGAUAGAUGACGGCAAAAACAUGAGGAUUUUGUUCGAGACUGCCCAGCAAUCAGACAGCACCCCCCAGACGCUGGAAGGCACGCCUCAGGCUUCCGAGGCCCCGACGAAGCCCUCGACGGAUGGCGAACCCACGGGGCCGGAGCAAGAUCGGGGAGUUACCAACCUCGAAAAUGGAAACUCCACUGUUGCCACCCCACUGACCUCCGCUGAUGCGAAGGACGCAGCUGCCCCGGACACCAAGACAAUGUGAAGAACGCCACCUAGCGUCGUGCUGUGAAAAAGCAGUAAUUGGGGAUAAGGCGUAACCGUGAUUGGUUCUAGUGAUUUGACGCUCUCCAAGCCCCGGACGGAUUAUGAUCCUGCGUUGGAUCUGAUGCAGUGGUCAGUGUUCGACGGCAAUUGUGGCCGUAUGCACCCCAAUCACGACGCUAGCGAGAUGCCUUGCAGCGCCUUGCAUGGCCUGCCUGAGCCCGAGCCACCACAGUCCUUGCUCUAUCUAGCCAGUGCGUUGCAUUUGCUUGGGCCUAGUAGAUAUCUCUACCAGUCAGGACGAAGGGAGCCACAAGCGGUCACAACAUUGAUGGCUGUCACGAGGGGAGCUGGGAGAUUACGGCGGGG